AGAGUGUGGUUGAAUAUGUAAAAUAACAGUGGUGUUUUUCUUUUCCAAGUAUCCAAACAUUCGAAACUCGGGGCAGGAAUAAGGUAUUGGUGUUACCAAACACGCCUGUAAAUUCACACUAAAAAUUGUUUGUAAUCGUUUUUCCAGAUCGACAGUUAGAACCUUUGAAGUUCCCCGCCAAAAUUCCAAAGGGUUCUUCGCAAAUCUCGAAUUUCAAAUGGAAAAAAUCUUCCGGAUUAUGAAUAUCAAUAUUUCAACUCACAAAUUAAUCAAUUUCACUCUCAGAACUCCUAAACUUCUCACUCCGUUUGUACUCUUUCAUGGUUCUGACAAAAAUCUGGCCUCAGAUUCGGAGCUGGAACUCGAUUCCGACAAGCUCGGUUAUCGGCCACCCAGAUCUCGAAGACGCUGGAUUUCUGAAGAACAGGUUGAUAUUAGAGAGGUUUCAAAAGCAAGGGAGUUUAAAGUUCAGAUAGACCCAUGGCCGGAAUGGGUGGACUUCAUGGAAUGUUUGUCAAAGAAAGGGUACUUUGAAGGAGACAGGAUCCCGUUUCUGAAUGCCGAAUUGGGUGCAAAAGAUUUCAACCAUAUUCGGACUGCGUCUCUUGAUUUCGCGAGGGAUCGGUCUGACCUGAUACGGUGCUUGUCCAGGAAAGACUUACAGGUGAUUGCAGGAUGUGGAUGCCCAAGCACAGAUAGGAAAGUUGUGAACUCAGGAAAGCGUCUCAGAGCACAUUUGGGCAUUGAUGAGGGAAAUGUCUGCAGUUAUUGUGACCUGCAAAGAGAAUGUGAGAGGGCAUAUGCAAAGGCAUGUGGAGAUGAAGGAGGUCGGACCUUGGAUGUCAUGCGCGUUUUGUUAUUUUAUGGGCUUGAUCACAUCUCUGCUAUAGUGGAGAACAGACCAUGUCUGGACAAAAAGGCCAAUGACUCUGUUAGAAAGCUGUUGAAAGAUAUUGUUGAACAUAGUACAGGAGAACGUGAAUCUGAUCUUCUAAAGUCUAAGGAGGCUACUUCAGCAGAAAAUCAUGACACAAGUGCUCCGGUGACACGAGGCGACUGGCAUUGUCCAAAAUGCAACUUUUUCAACUUUUCUAGAAACGUCAAGUGCUUACGCUGUGGCUAUAUAUUCCUCGAGAGACUUCGGAAACUUAAUGAGGAUCAAGUCAAUCUUCCAUUGAAGAAGGGCGACUGGAUUUGUGAGACGUGUAAUUUCUUGAACUUUGCUAAGAAUUCUACAUGUUUGCAAUGCAAAGAGAAGCCUUUGAACCGACGGCUGAAUCAAGGGGAAUGGGAAUGCGAAUCGUGCAAUUAUAUCAAUUUUCGAAAGAACACGCAAUGCUUGAGGUGUGAUCACCAACGGCGGAAAGCACUAAAUACGCAAAGCGUUUCUGCUGGACCUGCAGCUGAGAAUGAAAACUACAGUUUCAGUAAGCCUAAACUCUCUUUUGGCGAAGUUGGAAAUAAUGCAGGUAGAAAAAAUGAUGGUUGGAUGUGGAGAUUUGGUGAAAAUGAGAGUGAAGAUGAUUCUGGAUUUCUAGAUUUUCCUAUCGCUCGCUCUUCUGGUAGUUCAGAAAGACAAGAAAGAAGGAAAGUGGAGAUGUUAGAGAAGAGAAAAAUCAUGGAAAAUGCAGUAGAGAAAGAAGAAGAUCUAAUCUUGAGAUCUAACAAUAUUGAAAGAAGAUUUGAGUUUGUUGAAUCUUCUGAUGAUGAAGACAUAAUGGAAUGGUUUGGACACAAGCCAGAAUCAAGCAAAUUACUCAACUUUUUGGCCUCUUUUCUCCAACCUUUUGCUUAUGAACAGCGGUUGACUGUUUUAUCUCUCCCAUCUAUCUUUUAUGACACGCUUUCUCUCUCUACACUUGCUUCUUUAACUUUCGGAACCCUAACUCAGUACCCCGAGCUUCAAAAAAUGGGUGAUGAAGCCGCGAAAGUUGUUGUUCCUCGAAACUUCAGAUUACUGGAAGAACUUGAAAGAGGUGAAAAAGGAAUUGGAGAUGGAACUGUGAGUUAUGGAAUGGAUGAUGCUGAUGAUAUCUAUAUGGCGUCUUGGACAGGAACUAUUAUUGGGCCACCUAACACUGUUCAUGAAGGACGCAUCUAUCAACUCAAGUUAUUCUGCGGACAGGAUUAUCCCGAUAAUCCUCCAAAUGUUAGAUUUCAAACACGGGUUAAUAUGACCUGUGUCAAUCCAGAAACUGGGGUGGUGGAACCAAGCCUUUUCCCCAUGCUUGCUAAUUGGCAAAGGGAGCAUACAAUGGAGGACAUAUUAAUGCAAUUGAAGAAAGAAAUGACUUCUCCCCAGAACAGGAGACUAAGUCAGCCUUCUGAAGGUAAUGAAGAUGGAAGAAUGGACCAAAAGGGGUUAGUGUUGAAAUGUUGCAUUCUUUAAGGUAAAAAGGCCAAAUAUGAUAAUGUAAAUAAACACAGACAUUUGAUGUUACUAUUUAAGCAACAUGCUUAUGUCUACACGCAUAUGAAUGAAGUUGAGUUGUUUUCCAUUAAA